AUACCCAAAAAAGUCAUGGUAAAAUCUCAUAAAGCAAAACUGAUCUGCGAUUCCUUGCAUAGAAGUUAUUGGUAGUAGCAAUACCCAAGAUUGAAUGAUACAUAACAUCUCUCACAUUUGAAAGUCGUUCAAGCAAUUUGAUAGAAUGGCAGCACAUCACGAGGCUUCUUCUUCUUCUUCUUCUUCUUCUGCUUCUGGUUUGAGUACUUAUGAAGUGUUCUUGAGCUUUCACGGCAAAGACGUUCGUACCAAUUUUGCUGACCACCUUUACUAUGCUUUGGUUGAUGCUGGAAUUCAAACUUUCAGGGAUGAGGAUAAACUCCAAAAGGGAAGCGAGAUUGGCCCUGAGCUACUAAUUGCAAUCCAGGAGUCAAGAAUCUCAAUUCCCAUCUUCUCGGAAAACUAUGCUUCAAGUAAAUGGUGUCUCAAUGAGUUAGCAGAGAUAUCUGAGUGCAUAGGAACAAGGAAUCAGAUCGUGUUGCCCAUUUUCUACAAAGUUGAACCAAGGGAUGUGCGAAACCAGAGCGGGACAUAUGCCAAGGCCUUUGAGGAACACCACCUGAUGCGAUCGGACAAGACCAUGGUCCAAAAGUGGCAAAAAGCUUUGGAAGAGGUUGGAAAAGUUGAUGGAUGGCAUUGCAAGGAGGAUACGUAUGAAGGGAAGUUAAUGAAAGAAGUUGUUAAAACAGUUUGGAGUUCAUUGCAAAAGAGACCCUUAACUAUUUCUAACAACCUUGUUGGAAUCCAAUCUCAUACAAAAGAAAUGUUGAUGCUAUUAGAUAUUGAAUCUGAUGAUAGAAAAAUUGUGGGGAUCCACGGCCUUGGUGGCAUUGGAAAGACAACAAUCGCUAAGGUUGUUUGCAAUACAAUCUUUCAUCACUUUGAAGCGUAUAGCUUUAUUGAAAAUAUUCAAGAAAAUGCUCAAAAACAUGGGAUUAUCCAUUUGCAAAAGAAACUUAUCUUUGACAUGCUGAAACAAGAAAAUCCAAAUACUGAGAGUGUGGAUGAAGGAAUCAAUUUGAUUCGGCAAAGAUUGUUCAAAAGAAAAGUUCUCAUUAUUCUUGAUGAUGUGGAUCAAGAUAUUCAAGUAGAUUCUUUAGCUGGGGACCGUGAAUGGUUUGGUAUUGGAAGUAAGAUCAUUAUCACAAGCAGAAAUAAGGAUAUAUUAACUGUUCGAAAAGCAGAUGGGAUUUAUGAACCCCAUGUAAUGGAUUUGGAUGAUUCUCUUGAACUUUUAAGCCAUCAUGCAUUUGGAAGGGACAAACCGCCAAGUGAUUAUUUGGAUCUCUCAAAAACUAUUGUAAAAAUUACUGGAGGACUUCCGUUAGCUCUUCGGGUUAUAGGUUCAUCUUUAUUCUCAAAGAAAAAAUCAGUAUGGGAAGGCAUGUUAAAGAAAUUACGAAAAAUACCCAAUAAUGAUGUUAUGAAAUGGUUGAAAAUAAGUUACGAUAGAUUAGAAGAUGAAGAACAACAAAUGUUUCUUGACACUGCUUGUUUUUUCAUCGGAAUGGAUAAAGAUAUAGCAUGUUAUAUAUGGGAAGGGUGUGAUUAUUCUCCUCAAAUAGGACUUGAAGUUCUUUGUGAAAAGUCCUUGCUAACAAUUAGUGAAGAUGGAAAGUUACAGAUGCAUGAUAUGCUUCAAGAUCUUGGAAGGGAUAUUGUUCGUCAAGAGAGCAUAAAAAAUCCAGGAGAACGUAGUCGAAUAUGGUCUCAAGCAGAAGUCUUAGAAGUAUUGGAUAAACUGAAGGGAACAAGUAAUUGUGAAGGACUCACUAUUGACUUCAACCGGCUUAGUAUUGACUUCAGCAGUAAAUCAACAUGUUUGAUGAGUGAAGGAUUUGCUAAAAUGACAAAUUUAAGGUUACUCCAAGUAGAUUAUGCACAAUUUUCUGAGAACUUCACUAAUUCUUUUUCAGAACUGAGAUGGCUUAGUUGGAGGGGAUGCCCAGACCAAUAUACACUAAGCAAUUUUUGUCCACAAAAACUGGUUGUUCUUGAUCUAUCAAAUAGUGAGAUCACAAAGGACUGGAUGGGUUGGAACUACAUCAAGAUGGCAGUAAAUCUAAAAUUUCUGAAUCUCACAUCUUGUCAUCAACUAUCUAGCACUCUUGAUGUUUCAGCAAAUCGACUCUUGGAGGUAUUGCUUCUUAAGGACUGUCAAAAUUUGCUUGGGAUCGACACAUCUAUUUGUCGUCUCAGGAACUUGAUCACAUUAGAUAUGAGUGGCUGCAGUAGAAUAGUGGAUCUCCCAAGUGAAAACUCUCAAUUGAUUUCUCUCAAAAGGCUCGAUUUAGGAGGAUGUGAAAAUUUAAAGAAGCUUCCAAAGGAAUUGGGCUGCAUGAUCUCCUUGACAGUACUUGUUUUACGUGGUUGCCUGCAUCUAGUGGAUAUCCCAUGUGAAAUUUGUCAUUUGACUUCUCUGGAAACACUUGAUUUAAGUGGCUGCUCGAGUCUACUGGAUCUCCCAAGUGAAAUUUCACAGUUGAAUUCUCUCAAAAGUCUCGAUUUGAAAGGAUGUGAAAAUCUAAAGAAACUUCCGAAGAAAUGGGGCCAAAUGAUUUCCUUGACAGUACUUGUUUUAUGUGGUUGCUCGAGUCUAGAGGAUAUCCCAAAUGAAAUUUGUCAUUUGACUUCUCUAGAAACACUUGAUUUAAGUGGGUGCUCAAGUUUAGUGGUUCUUCCAAGUGAAAUUUCACAGUUGACUUCUCUCAAAAGACUUGAUUUAAAAGAAUGUAAAAAUCUAAAGAAGCUGCCAAAGAAAUUUGGCUUCAUGAACUCAUCAACAGUACUUUCUUUAUGUGGAUGCUCCAGUCUAGGCGAUCUCCCAAGUGAAAUCUUUCAGUUGCCUUCUCUAGAAACACUUCAUCUAAGUGGUUGCUCGAGUCUAGUGGGUUUGCCAAGUGAAAUUUGCCAGUUGACUUCUUUGAAAACACUUGAUUUAAGUGGUUGCACCAGUAUAUUGUAUCUCCCAAUUGAAAUUUGCCAGUUGACUUCUUUGGAGAGACUCUUUUUAUAUGGAUGCUAUAGUCUAAAUAAGUUGCCGAAGAAAUUGGGCUCCAUGACCUCCUUGACAACACUUGAUAUUAGUCAUUGUGGUACACUUAAAUCUCUUCCAAAUCUUCCCUCUAGUUUAAAAUAUUUUGAUGCUUCCGAUUGUAUAUUGUUAACAUCACUCUCAAUGCUUUCAAGCCUAAAAAAUCUAAGGAAAUUAGGUCUUCCUCCAAGUUUGACCAGCCUUGAUGUUCGUUACUGCUCUUCAAUACAAUACAUCUCAGGUCGGUAUACCUCAAGUGUGACCAGCCUUGAUGUUGAUCAUUGGUCUUCAAAUCGAGACAUCUCAGGCCUUCCCUCAAGUUUAACCAGCCUUGAUGUUGAUCACUGCUCUUCAAUUCGAGACAUCUCAGGUCUUGCCUCAAGUUUGACCAGCCUUAAUGUUAGUCACUGUUCUUCAAUUCUAGACAUCUCAUGUCUUCCCUCUUCAGUUUUGACCAGCCUUAAUGUUAGCCACUGCUCUUCAAUUGAAUACAUCUCAGGUCUUCCCUCAAGUUUGAUCCACCUAGAUGUGAGGUACUGCUCUUCAAUGCAAUACAUCUCAGGUCUUCCCUCAAGUUUGAUCCAUCUAGAUACUAGCUAUUGUGGGUCAAUGAUAAAACUUUCAACUACAUCAUCUGGAGGCUUGAGAAAUUUGAAGACAUUAUUUCUUGAUAAGUGCAUUAGCCUAGAAGACAUUGAAGGUGCUGACGAGAAAUUGGACUCCCUAGGGCUCUUAUCCACCAUGUGGUGCAGAUCAUUAAGAAGAUUACCAAAACUCAGGGGCUCAAACAAUCUAAGGACUUUAAAACUCUAUCAGAAUGAUGCCAUAUCCAGUUUUGAAGGUGAGGGAAUGGACUCUCUGGAGGAGUUGGAGAUAGAGUAUUGCCAAUCAUUAAGAAAAAUACCAUAUCUGCGAGAUUUUAGAAGGCUGAGAAUACUACAAAUCAAAGACUGCCCGGAAUUGUCCGAGAUUGUGCGUCUUGAGGACUUUCAAAACUUAAAAACAUUAUCAAUUAGCGAGGCUACAUCAUUGAAGGCAUUACCGGAUAUCUCAACCUUGAAGAACCUGAGGUAUUUAAGAAUCAAAUGGUGUGACUCAAUGGAAAGAUUACCUGAUCUUUCAAACUUAAAAAGGUUGCGGCAAUUAGAGAUCGUGGAUUGCGUGAAGUUAACAGAAAUUCCAGGCCUCGACAGAUUGGAGUCCUUGGAAGAAUUGAAAUUAGGAGGAUGCAUAUCCAUUGAAAGAUUACUGGAUCUGUCAAACUUAAACAAGCUGAAUGUUCUAUGCAUUAAACGCUGCAAGAAUCUAACCGAGAUUUAUGGUGUUGACGGAUUGGAUUUCUUAGAGAUUUUGGAUAUUAAUGGGUGCCAAUCCUUGGAAAGAUUACCAGAUCUGUCAAACUUAAAAAAGUUGAAGGAGCUAAAAGCCAAAGACUGCAAGAAGCUAACUGAGAUUCGAGCUGAUGGUGGAUUGGAAUCUUUGGAACUCUUGGCUAUUAAGGGGUGUAUUUCCUUAGAAAAAUUACCAGAUCUGACAAAGUCAAAGAAACUGCGGGAACUAUGUGGUUUGUACCUCUGAGGCAAUCUCAUGACUGAUGGUGGGUACAAAAAAUUACAAUCAGAUUUGUCAAACCUGCCAACACACAGUUGUACAGGACAAAUUUAUUCAAGGUUUCUUUUCUUUCCUACAACUUUCAUUGUGUCCGAUUGGUUCUUGGUGCCUAUGCAAGAUAUAAGGCACUGUUGGAGCUACCACAAAGCAACUUGUUUCUAGUAAUAGCAGAAAGAACUUUCAUGCUAUGUCUCAAAUUCCUCUUGAUUCAGCAAGUCUUUUAUGGAGCAAGGAGGUAACUUCUCAAGUUGGAAUUGUUGGAUACUUCAAGUAGUAUAGUUCUCUGGUCUAGUUUCAAGUCAUUCAUAAUCCUCUUCAAGAGCUACUUCUCUACAGAGCAGUAAUUCUACACUCCAUUGCAGAAUAAAAUGAAGAAGAGAAGCAGUCAAUGGAAUAAGAAUGCAGCCAGAGCUUUCCUGCUCUGAACAAUACAUCACUCCUCAGGCUUCCUAUGAUAAAAUCUGCCUACUUCUCCUUUGAAAUUAACUGUCAAGACAGAAGCUGCCAAAAGUACCAUUGCUGUACACAGAGUGACAUGUCUAUAGUUGUUGGUUGUUCGUUAUUCCUUCACUGUUGGCCAUGGCAAUGGGUGAGGUAUCUUGACAGAUGAGUCUAGUUACUUAAUGCUUAUGUACCUUGGUGAUAAUGAUCAUGAAAUUUAACGGCAAAUAUUUUCUUAGUUCUUUAGGUCUCUAGUUUUAAUGGAUAAAUUCACCAAUCUUCAUAGAUCUUUAUCAGGGUAAUCUCUCUCUGAUUUCAGGUUUAGCAAUUAACAUGAUUAAUAAAGCUUCGAACAGUUUUUGCUUACAUAUGUGCUUCUCUAUCACUCUAAGAAAAGGAUGUAGUCCAGUUUGGUUAGAAGCGAAGCGAUAUUAACUGUGCAUUAGGGGAGAUUUGGUUGGAAGUAAAGUGGAAAAAUGGAAAGGGAUUUUAUUUCACUUUUUGGAUUUUUCACUCACUUCACUUGAAUCACUUCUAACCAAAUAGAUCUAGAGGUUACCAAUCCAUUCUCUCAGAUCAGAUACCUCUUUCUGAUCAAAAGAUUGAAACAUGAAAGGAUAUUUAGUCUUUGCUCCCUCAUUGCUCCUGCAGCAGCACAACUUCACUCCAGAUUUGUGGGUAGUGAGAGGAAUGAUUAGCUUUGACAUUUAGGAUUUUCCAUUUAAUGUGGUUAAUGGUCCAAAAGAGAUUCACAUUGGAAUUGAACAUAAAUGGUUCUGUAUCUUUGCAUGUUGAAUUAGUUGGAGGAAUUUGGAAUCAAGUCCAGAAAUGCCAUGGUAACUGAUCCAAUUCUGUAUUUCUCUUAAAGUCAGUUUCUCUUCUCUUUUCAGCAUAAGGAAUUUGUAAUUUCUCUCUCACACGUUCACUCACUCAGUAUCUUUAAUAUGACUUGCAGACACAGAUGUCAAACCACCUCAUAAAGGAACCUGAGGAAACACAAAGGGAUAAGGAAAUGCAUGUAGAGAUCUUCACCCAAGUAAUGGGAGAUGACACUCAUGCUGAGUGUGCUUGGCAGGAGUUGGAGUACGUCCAAAGGAUUUAAAUGGGCCAUCGAGUAGAAACUGUGUUUCUUUAUGUGGGAGAAUACUGAGCUGUGAAGUGAGGAGAGAGCUUUGUCAGAGAGAGUCUGAAGAACAAAAUGAAGAAAUCUCUUCAACGCAGUCCCAACUUAAUAUGUCAAAGCAACUUGUGGCUUCAAACCAUGAAGAUCGUCCCUCAAAUGCAUACCAUUCAUGUGAUCACGUUUAUCCGAAGCUACAAGAAAAGGGUUAUGUUUGCUGAGGCAAUUGCACAAGCUGGCUUUUAUUUUUCUAAUCUCACUCUGGGUAAUGAGUUUCAUGGAUAUAAUUAGUUAUCAUUCAAUUGGAUGGGACGGAUAUAUGUUGGACCAAUUCGAUUGUUUUAUCAUAUCCUACCUAUCUAAGAAAUCAUCUAUCUAUUUGGUUAACAAAGGUAAUAAGGUUAUGUUAGCUUCACCCCUCUCUAAAUCAAGCAAUUCUGUAAUGCUUGAUUUGUAUGUCAUUUCUUGUAAGUUAACAGUAGAUGGGAAAGAGUGGAUUGGUGGACUACUUCAAAA